AUGCGUUUGCUAGUAGCACAAGUAGCUGCAGCAGCUUCACCAUUGUCUUCUCCAGCAUGUAACUCCCAUAGUUGCAGAUGGAAGCCUUACUCAAACUCCACUGACUUCCAAGCAAACGCAUCCGUACUUCUCAUCCUUCUCUUCUCUUCUCUCAUAUGUGCUCUCUCUCUCUACACUGCGAUCCGGUGCUUUCUCCGGCCAGCUCUCGAGACUGACGACGGUCAACACAAGCCUGAUCCUGAGGCUGAUGUUACAUCCGCCACACCAACUCCCACGCUUGUCUACUCCUCCGACCUAGAGCUUGCAGGUGCUGAAGCAGAGUGUGCUAUUUGCUUGUCAGAAUUCGAACAAGGUGAGAGUAUCCAAGUGCUGGAGAAAUGUCACCAUGGGUUCCAUGUCAAAUGCAUCCACAAGUGGCUCUCUUCCCGCUCCUCCUGUCCUAUUUGCCGGACUUCUAUCUUCUCACACCAGACCUUAGACUCUGCACCAUCCACGGAAGCUCCUUCAAGCCAGAUCAAUGCUUAG